AAAUGAGGACUGCUACGUCAGAUCCUGAACUUGUGCGCCAUUUUUUCCAUAUUAAGGGGAAGAAAGGGACAAAAGCGGGGCAAAAAAAUAACUUAUCAUUGAAGGUGGUUUGCAAACAUCAUCAUUCAUAUUUGACUAUAAUCUUCAUACAGCGGUAUAUAGACAGAGGAUGCUUCUCGGAUGAGUAUCUAUAUGCAGCGCUGACGCAGCUCGCCGACACACACAGUUGACGGCCGGUGGAAGUGGAAAACGUUAGCCCCGUCGGAGGUGGCACAGCGACAACUAACGUCAACGUUAACAUUCACCGAAAAUUAUACGAGGCUUGUGAGGAAUAAUGUAUCAGUAUCCAGUUGGAAAUAUUGACAAGAUCCGAAAGGGUCGCAAGGCUGUGAAAAACAUCUUAGGUGAAAUCGGCCUGGAAGAUUGCCAAAACCUGUUGAAGGAACUCAAUGAAAACUCUGAGAAGAACUCAGAUGAAGAAGAGGCCUUUCAGGAAACUGAGUGGGAUGAUAUCACAUACGGAUACAAAAGACUAAAGAAAAGGUGGCCUUAUCGGUCUCGGCCUCUAUGCUGUUCCCUGUGCAAGUACUCUUCUACAAACAUCUACAACUUCAGAAGUCAUGUUUCUCGUUGCCAUGGAUAUAUGCAGUCAUUCUGUGCACUGGCACCCUGUGCUCAGUGCGUCUUCGUUGGAAACCCCAAGUAUCUCAAGAAGCACAUGCUGUUCUUUCAUGCAAACUGUAUACAACGCCAGCCGGGAGGGUCUCAACCCACGCAUUGUGGAAGUGAGCGGUAUCAGUGUCGAAAAUGUGGAUUUCCAAACUCUUCUAUCUUUGGGAUGAAGAAGCACAUCAUUCUCAAGCACCUGGACAGGUUGGCAGAAACGUAUAUUGGUUACAGAUUACACCCUCAAGGGACUUCAUCAAUAAAGGUCUACUGCUGUAAGGUGUGCAAAGUGAACGCUGGAAGCCUAGACCAAAUGUUGCAUCACAUGCUUGUUGAGCCAUCCCACUAUUCAGUCAGUACACAAGUGCAGAGUAUGAUUUAUGAGAACAAGAACUACACCAUUAAAGCAACACCUAAUGGCAAUGGCAUUUUUAUGACAUUGCCAAGCAUUGCUCCUAAACCACAACAACCUCAAAUGUUGAACAGUAAGUCCUUGGCUUUACCAAGCAAUGACCAACCUACUGAGACUGUGGUGGCAUUACAGAAAAUACAAGGAAGUCAAAACAGUACGACUGUGAUCUGUGCCCCCAGAACCAACCAAGCUUUUCUGCCCCCACAAGCGUCUGCGCUAGUGAAGCUAGCUAGUGCAGAAGCUAAAGGUUUGCUCCAGCCUGGUGCCACAAUAGCCAUCCGAAGUGCUUUGCCCCAAGGACCAUCUAUGGUCCAGCUUCCCAUGGUUUCUAACGUGUCUUUGAAACCGGCACCUAUGGCUAUAACUCGUGCUUCUGCUCAACUACAACAGCCUCCACAAAUGCAGCAAAUCCUUCUCCCGUCAGGACUGCAGGCUAACAUUGCAGCUGGAACAGGAGCUGUAUCCAAGCCUGUUGUGGUCGCACAAAAUGCACCAACAAACCAAAUGUCCCUUCAAGGUACCAUGCUGACGUCACAGUCCUUGCUGAGUCACCUGAUUCCAACUGGCAACAAGAUAAAUGGCAUGCCUACAUACACUUUUGCGCCACUACAAUUAGCAGUGCCGGUCUCUCAGAGCACAGGUACCUAUCUCAAUACUGUUGAGCAAACCAGGAACUCCACACCACCAACUAAGAAGUGGAUUACCUGUCCCCUCUGCAAUGAACUUUUCCCUUCCAAUGUCUUUGACAUGCAUACAGAGGUCGCUCACCAGGCAAAAUCCACCACAUCCAAGUCAGAAAGUGUGGCGGCACGAGCUGCAUUCUUGAAGAAAAUGCCAGACAAAACUGUCAAAUGUCUAACGUGCAAAAUUCUUCUAUCAGAAAAAAGCGUCUUCCAACACCUGCUGCAUGGCCUGAAUUGUUUGUAUUGCUCAGCUUUGUUCUUCUCAAUCAAACAGCUCGCUGAGCAUGUUAAGCAGCACAAUCCCACAAGCAAGACAUACUGUGAUUUUCUGAGGCAGAAGUACAGGGUCUACUCUAAAGGUAUUGGAGGAAUUCUGUUCCCUUACUUUGACGUCCACACCACCGCACCAAAAGAGGUCUUAGGAGACACCGAAGUCAAUCUUGCCCUGGUCACAAGUUCCCUCGACCUGAUCUUCUUCAAGUUGCAGCCCAGCAGCCAGCCAGAGAUCUGCACAGCACCUGUGAAAAUCAACAGUGCCUAUUGUCCAUUCUGUGAUGAAAAGUUUGACAAUGAAUCCAAACACCUUCAGCACCUGAAGCAAAAACACUUAGUAGCACCCACCAUUCAUGCUAUCCUCAAGACAGAAGCUUUCAAGUGCAUAUACUGCAAUGGUGUGUACACAGGAAAGGUCACCCAGCAGGCGGUGAUGCUCCACAUUCAGAGAUGCCGGUGUUCACCAAAACAACCAACGCCCCCCACAACUACAGGAGCACCACCGCAGCCACCAAAACCAGCUCAGAAGCAACUCUAUUUUCUCCAAAUGCCACAACCGCCGACUAUCAAACAAACUAUAGCUCCAGCGCGUCUGAUUCCAGCUGCACCCGCUACAGUGCGUCCAGAGAACGUAGCAGAGCUGCAGUCUCAGAAGAGGCUGGAGGAUGCAUGGAGGGAAGUCAUGAUGACCAACCAACUAGAGCGAGAAAAAAAGGCAGCUAUGCGCAAGAAGCGAGAGACUGAGAAGAUACUGCCCCCGCCAGAGCCAGUGAUUCAGAUCGAUCCCACAGUGAAGCUGUUGUUGGAACCCAACCCCAACGAGCGCCGCUACGGCGAUCAGCGCAGAGACUUUAUAUCGAAAUACUUCAACCUGAACCCCUAUGCCACCAAAGCCGAGACCGAAGAGCUGUGCAAGAGGCUGUCCCUGACAAAACCAGAGUUGGCUGCCCACUUCAGCAAGAAGCGCAGCAAGUGCAUGAAGAGUCUCAGUAGGAACACGGCUGCCAUUUUUCUCGGCUUCAACAUGACAGAACUGAACAAGGUCAAGCACAAUCUCCUGAUCCCCGAACAGAAGCCGACCGACACCACAGAGCAGCCGCCUGCUGAUUCAACGGAGCAGAUGGAAAACAGUGAGGGUGGACCAGAACCAAUGGAUGAAAGUGUAAAUGAGAAAGUUACGGAUGGGGAACAGGUGGAGCAGAUGAAUUUGAGUUAAGUGUGUGAAAAUGAAACAAAUCCCUAAUUUAAAACCCAGAUAACAACCCAGACACUUUAAUGAUGGCCUUUUGUGUUGACAGUUGCCAGAAAAGUUCAUCAUGCAGUUAUCUCUGUGUUCAGUCUCUUAAUGUAGACCACAUCAAUAAUGUUUUGUUUGACUUUAAUAAAUUGUUAGUGGUCCAUAUCCCAAUUUUCACAUGAAUGCAGAGAACAAAAUUAAUAUAUAAAUGCAUUGUCUGCCAGAUCUAAUGGUGUCAGACUGUUGAGUGGCAAUAGUGUUUAGCUGGUUACAAUCUUUCAUUCAACAAUGGCUACUGACUUCAACUCGAGCACUGAUUUGCCCAUGGAAGCAGCUUUUCUUGCACCCUUUAUUUAAGCCCAUUUGUACAAAAUUGUGAUUCCUACAUCAUGCUAGUCUAAUAUCAAGACUUAAGUGCACAUUUCAACAAAUACUUUGCUUUAUAUUGUUUUUCUUUUUAUCCCUCCGCAUAUUUUGACCGGUUUGUGCAGUUUUAGUUUUUACUUUUAGAUGAACACCCCCCCCCCCCCCCCCCCCCCCCCCUUACAUUUAAACUGAUUUAGGGGAACGCGCUUCUUGCUGACCAACUCUUGUAGAAGGUGAAUGUUCAUCUUGCAGUUUUGAAGCCAAAUUCUUAAGAAUGUACAAAUGUUUGAGUUUUCAGGUUACUGCAUUCUUGGUUACUAUACAUCUUUGACCAUGUUGCUUGCAUGAACCUUUUGUUUUGUCAAAUGAAAUUAGGAUUUGUGCCAUUGUGAAGUCUACAUAUUUGCUUUGGGAAAUUUACCUAGAUUCCAAGUUAUUGGGUGUUCAUAUAUUAUUUUCUCUUGACAGCUGUUUUUUUUGUACUUAAACAUAUUUUAUAAUUCCUAGUUGAUGUUGGGAAAAGUAGGCCUACAAAUUAUUCUGUCCAAUGCCACUGUGUUGUAAGAAAUAAAGUGGUUUCCUUUUAC